AUGCCGCCCCAGGCCGCCCUCGUCAACCUCUCGCCCGCCGAGCUCUCCUUCCUGCGAUCCGCCCUCAGCCAGACACCCCCCCUCCGCCUCGAUGUCACCAAAGGCCCGCGCGACUUCCGCUCCAUGCGCGCCGAGUGCGACGUGCUCCCCAGCGCAAACGGCAGUGCCCGCAUAGCCCUCGAGGACGGCACCGAGGCACUCGUCGGCGUGAAAGCGGAGGUGGACACGACGCCGCAGCGGCCAGUGCUGGGCGAGCAGGAACACGUCGUCACGAACAACGGCGACGAGGACAGCAGUGCGAACGGCAAGGGCCGGAAUGGCUGGAUAGAGAUGAGCGUCCAAGUCCCCGGGUUCCGCGACGACGAUGCGCUGCCUGUCUUCCUUGCGUCCAUGCUCAGCGACAGUCUCCUCGCGGGUGGACAGCUCAAGGACAGGCUCUACAUCAACACGCGUUUCCACUGGAAACUCUACAUCGAUAUCCUCCUCCUGUCCCCGCCCCUCUCCUACCCCCUCGGUCUCCUCUCCAUGGCCACCCACCUCGCCCUCCUAAGCACCCAUCUCCCCUCGCUCAAAUCCGAAAAAGACGAAGACCCGCUCUUCGACGACGACUGGGCCGCCGCAUCGCCUCUCUACCCCAGAUCUUCCUCCAAACCGCUCACCGCGCGGGACAUGCCCCCCGUCAUCAUCCUCGCCAUAGCCGUCGGCCCCAACAUAAUCUUCGACCCAGCAAAGGAAGAGCUUGCUGUGGCUGACGCCGUGCUGGCUGUCGCGUGCACGACCUCGGGUGGGUCGGGUGCGGGCGCCAAGAUAGUGUCGAUCCGCACCAUUGAUCCGCCGAGCCAUUUGACGCCGCCUGCGGUGCCGAACAGCAUGAACAGUGCGACAGGUGGUACCGCGCCGGACAGCAGUGCCCAGGCCCUCACAAUGCGCGAGAUGCUGGCGACGAGUGGUGUAUGGACGCCGCCCCGAGGUGGUAUGAAGAGGGGCCUGGUCAGCCAGGUGACCAAGAUGGUGGUCGAGAAGGGGGGUGUGGCGGAGGAAGUCAUUGGGGCUCUGGCGGGAAUCGAGGUCGGGUGAAGAACCCUAGCUCGCUGACUUUUGAUCACGUCUUGGGCAAGGACCGAGCCUCAGCCCAGGAAAAGGGAGCAGUGCCCCGAUAGCGACGCCCAGAACCCGUCAACAACAAAGCGUGGCGGCGGGUAUUUUGGUUGGGUACAACAGGGAGCGCUAUGUUCGACGCUCUGUUCGACGCUCUGUUCGACGCUCUGUUCGACGCUCGCAAGAGUUACGACAGAGAGUGUGUAGAGGUUGCAUUGACCGACUAGUACAUUGUAUCGUCAAAACCGUGGAGCAAAGAUAGUCAAGGACAGUCAAGAAGAAAAAGACAAAGCACUUUUGGCCGCGAGGCCCUCCAUCUCAUCUCUUGCAUCCGCCAGUAUCAUCGUGAAGUCGCUUUGGGCAAAGAACACAAUCAGGCAUAAGCAG